AGCUUACACUGAAAUAAGUAAAGUCCCGCCCCACGACUGACAAAAAUCAAAAGUGUUCGCGCGAGCGAAAUAGAAGAUUGAGCGCGAGUGUGGGGAAUGAUGACGCGCGUGCUGCGAGUCUUGUCCGAGCACGCGAGGGCUUGAUCUGCGCGCAGAGGAGAUGUCAUGCGCGCGCGCGGAUUUAAAAUGAGCUCGCGGGCUCCGUUUCCUCGCGUGCAGAUCUGUUAUCCUCUCGCGGAAGUGAUUUACUGCGCGCGCAAGCAUCAAUUGUGCGCUCCGUCAUUAAUGGCAUUAAAAUGCCGCCAUAAUUACGCCUUUCUCUCUCUCGUAUAGCAUCUAUAUAGUGUCUGUAGGUGUGAUAGCAGGUGGAUCUGUUGGAUCUUCCAUUUUGCUUCUGCUCCUCCUGUUUGCUCUGAUAUUCUAUCUGUAUCGACAACGCAAAGGCAGUCGUCGUGGAGUGAUGCUGAACCCAGACAUUAAGGUGGAAAUGGUCAACAAGGAGACUCACAGUCUUGAGGAAGAGGCAGCCAGCGCUUCCACAGCCACGCAAAUGGUAAAGGCUAUGUAUUCUUUUCUUCCCUCUGUCUCCCUCUCUCCCUCCACCCAGCCCUUCAAAGAUGACAUGGACCUGAAGCAAGACCUCCAGAGCGACACGCUGGAAGCCAAGGUGGAGGAGUAUGAGCCCAAGGACCCCACCAACGGCAACUACAAUGUUCGAGCUACGACACAUGACGAGGUCCGUGCCUCUACCCGCUCCCUGCUGUACCAGGAAUUCCGGCCACCGAAUCCUGCUUCAGUUUCAGCAUCAGCCUACAUUUGUACAUUUGUCUAAAUUCUUGAAAGGGAUUUUGAUUCAGAUCAUAAGAGCAAGAUUAAAAUAUUAAAAUUGAAGCAAUUUAGUCAUUAAAAUCCUGAGUUUCUGUAAAAAAUUUUAUGCUAAAUAAAGAAGGGCUUUUAUUAUAUGAGCUCAAAAACCUUG